UGCCGGUUGUGGCUGGCCGGUGUGGCCUGGUACCUGCUCCCAAACGAGGCCACACCGGGUUUAAAAAACUCACCGGUACUCAUUGCCAUCUCUACGUUCUCCAGCACCGCCGUUGAACCUCCUCCCUAUUCCCGUUCUCUAGCACCGCCGUUGAACCUCCUCCCCUCUCCCUCUUGCUUCCCUCUCUCAUCCUCUCUGCCGCUUCCCCGCUCUCCCCAAACUACUCUGUGCCCCGUCAGAUCGACCUGGACUUUGGCGACAGCUACUUCUCGACGGGCGGCACGGGCGUGCUGCUACUUCUGCUUCCUCUCCCACGCUUGCUGAGCUGAUGGCUACAUCAGAGCCAGUACAAGAGAGUUUGGUGGUGCACUACUCACAACCUAGUAGGCCCCGGGUCCUCCUUGCUGCUUCAGGAAGUGUAGCCGCUAUAAAAUUUGAAAGCCUUUGCCGUAGCUUCUCUGAGUGGGCGGAUGUCCGAGCUGUGGCCACCACGUCAUCCUUGCACUUCGUUGAUAGAUCAUCUCUACCAAGUGGCAUCGUUCUUUACACUGAUGACGAUGAAUGGUCUACCUGGAAGAAGAUAGGAGAUGAAGUCUUACACAUCGAGCUGCGGAAAUGGGCAGACGUUAUGGUGAUUGCUCCAUUGUCAGCAAAUACCCUGGCUAAGAUCGCCGGUGGGUUAUGCGACAACCUCUUGACCUGCAUCGUGAGAGCGUGGGACUACAGCAAACCGCUCUUUGUUGCCCCAGCCAUGAACACGUUAAUGUGGAACAACCCAUUCACGGAGCGGCAUCUUCACACAAUCAACCAACUGGGCAUAGCCUUGAUCCCCCCAGUUACCAAAAGGCUGGCCUGUGGCGAUUACGGGAACGGCGCAAUGGCCGAAACCUCGCAGAUCCAUACUUCCGUGAGGCUCGCGUGCAAGACGCAACCGCACGAUGCGAGCAGUUCACUCGCGGGUCCUGUCAGUAAUAACCGGCCAUCUAGCUGAUGCAGCGGUUGGCCACUUGAUUGUCAAGCUUAGGAAUUUGUUUUAUCUGCAGUGUGCAUCUGGAGUGUUGUACCAGAUUUUUUUUCAACUAGAGUUUGUGUGUAUUGAAUUAGGGGGAAAGGUUGUUGUCACAUGAUAACAAUAACUUCCAAUGAUGACUCUAUUCAGUUUGUAAUUGUCUGUGGGAGUACAAUUAUGCAGCUGUAUUGUCUGCUACAAUAUUGUUUGUUUGUGUGUGUGGGAGUGGGGGGUGCUGUUGCCACAGAGAUAGAUUCCUCCCUGCCCAGUAAUGGUAGUGAUUAUUCAGUUUGUAGUUGUUAGUGGAAGUGUCCAGCAAACUUUUCUACCCUUCGAUAUUCCUGGUACAAAUGUUGAAA